CCGCAGAUACCGGGCCGUGGACUCCUCUGAGCACUGCUCCCAUCACCGUCCUCACCGAGGGACGAGUGGACUGGCUGUACAUCAUAAAGACGGUUAGAGCCGUGUCGUCGUGAUCGGUGAUCUGAUUGGUCCGCCCUCGCACGUAGUGGGCGGGGUUUAUUUUGGGCACCAGGCUCCAACUUGUGCGUUAUUAUGCGUGAAGGCAGCGACAGUGUGGGCUCGCGCCGCUCCGAGCGACACGAACGCACGAGACUAGGUGACUUUUAAAUGAAGUGGAGACCUCAGCCUCGCGGGGAGACUAUCGAUACGUAUUCUAAUCGAUAUCGCUGACUUUCCACAGCGUCGUGACUUUUUUGUUUGUUUGUUUUUACUCGUGUCACAAAAUUGGUGUCCUUUUACGGGCUCGCGACUGAUAAUGAACCCGCCGGACUGCACAGGUGUGUUGACAGGUUAAUCAGCGGUUAAUCACCUUUUUUGUUUUGACGCUCGCCUCUUCAUGGAGUUGUCUCGGCUCAGAAAUCGGUGAUUUCGGUUCACGUAAUGGAGCGGCAGCGUUUCUUGGCGUCUGCAAGCGGCGAGAGUCGGUCCUCGUCCUCGGGCUCGGACACGCUGUCCGAGAGCGAGGACAUCUCGGCGGUACUGGAGAUCAAAGUUUCUGGGGACGGAGACGACGGCAACAGCUCGGACUCCGAAGGUGUCAACGAAGUGGGGGACGACAGAAACCCGGAGUAUGGCAAGGAGACGCCGGGGGAUGAAGAGUGUGAGGAAGGAGAAGAAGACGAAAAGUUGGACAACAUCCUCUACCCUCCCUCCAGGUCCCUCAGGAAGUCCAGUAACCCAGACCUGACUCAUGGAUUAAGUCCUGCUCUCAAAUUUAAACGACAUCUCAGUGAGGAUGGAAAACACGUUCGAAGGAGGAGCCUGGGGGGUGGUCUCACAGGAAAGUACCUUCUGCUGCCCACCAACCCCCAGCAGACACCGACGGCAUGGCAGCCGUCAUCUGAGAUCUCUAACCUGGUCCGUAUGUGUUCCCUGAAUCUCGGAAAGUCGGACCCCUCCCUCACCUCCAGCCUGAAAGAGCUGAGUCUUCCUAGAAGAGGCAGUUUCUGCAGAACGAGCAACAGAAAAAGCCUGAUAGGAAGCGGCCAGUCAUCAGGUUUACCACGGCCUCACUCCCCUCUCUCGUCUCUUACUGGAACAAGCCCACAGGACAGUCCCAGAAAUUUCUCUCCGAGUGCCUCUGCUCAUUUUUCCUUUGCACGAAGUCAUUGCCACAGAACAGACAGGACUGAUGGUCGCCGCUGGUCGUUGGCCUCCCUUCCCUCCUCUGGAUAUGGAACCAACACGCCCAGCUCCACUGUCUCUUCAUCCUGUUCAUCACAGGAGAAGCUGCACCAGCUGCCCUUCCAGCCUACGCCUGAUGAACUGCACUUCCUCUCCAAGCACUUCUGCACUGAGAGCAUCUCCGGGGAUGAAUGUCGCAGAGCGACAGCCAUGCGACCCCGCUCACGCAGUCUCAGCCCUGGAAGAUCUCCAUCAUGUUACGACCAUGAGAUUAUUAUGAUGAAUCACGUCUACAAGGAGCGGUUUCCUAAGGCCACGGCUCAGAUGGAGGAAAGGAUUCAGGAGAUCAUCCGCAGUAACUCUCCAGAGAGCGUCCUCCCUUUGGCAGAUGGUGUACUCGGCUUUGCCCACCACCAGAUAAUUGAACUGGCCCGUGACUGUCUGGAGAAGAGCCGGCUAGGACUCAUCACCUCCAGCUAUUUCUGCGAACUGACUGACAAGCUGGAGAGGCUCGUCCAGGAGUCCACAGAGAGAUCAGAAAGCGAGGAGGUAAAUUUCAUCAGAGAGCUGGUGAAGAAGAUCCUCAUCGUCAUUGCCCGACCUGCUCGACUGCUGGAAUGCCUGGAGUUUGACCCAGAGGAAUUUUACCACCUUUUGGAGGCCGCUGAAGGACACGCUAAAGAGGGCCAGGGCAUCAAAACCGACAUCCCUCGUUACAUCAUCAGCCAGCUGGGACUCACGCGGGAUCCUCUGGAAGAAAUUGCUCAGCUGACCAGCUGUGACAGCGGGAUCGCAGAAACCCCAGAAACAGACGACUGCUCUCAGAGCCUCAGCACAGCCUUGCGGUCCCGGCGAAAACCCCGUGAAUUGGACUUUGAGAUGACAAAACUCAUCAGCAAUGGUGCCUAUGGAGCUGUUUAUCUGGUUCGCCACAAGGAAACUAAGCAGCGAUUUGCCAUGAAGAAGAUCAACAAGCAGAACCUGAUUUUGAGGAACCAGAUACAGCAGGCCUUUGUGGAGAGGGACAUCCUCACCUUUGCUGAGAACCCUUUUGUGGUGUCCAUGUACUGCUCCUUUGAGACUCGGCGGCACCUGUGCAUGGUUAUGGAAUAUGUUGAAGGGGGGGACUGUGCCACGCUUUUGAAGAACAUGGGUCCUCUGCCUGUGGAUAUGGCCAGGAUGUACUUUGCAGAGACGGUACUGGCUCUGGAGUAUCUCCACAACUAUGGCAUUGUCCACAGAGACCUCAAACCAGACAAUUUGCUGGUUACAUCAAUGGGGCACAUUAAGCUCACAGACUUUGGGUUGUCCAAAGUUGGACUGAUGAACAUGACCACUAACCUGUAUGAGGGACAUAUAGAGAAAGAUGCCAGAGAAUUCUCAGACAAGCAGGUAUGUGGAACCCCUGAGUAUAUUGCUCCAGAGGUGAUCCUGAGACAGGGUUACGGGAAGCCGGUGGACUGGUGGGCAAUGGGCAUCAUCCUCUACGAGUUCCUUGUGGGCUGUGUGCCUUUUUUCGGAGACACACCAGAGGAGCUGUUCGGGCAGGUCAUCAGCGACGAGAUCAACUGGCCUGAGGGAGAGGAUGCCCCGCCUCCUGACGCUCAGGAGCUCAUCACCUUGCUGCUCAGACAGAAUCCCCUGGAACGAAUGGGUGCAGGUGGAGCUGCCGAAGUAAAGCAGCAUCAGUUUUUCCACAACCUGGACUGGAACGGGCUGCUGAGGCAGAAGGCUGAGUUUAUUCCACAGCUCGAGUCGGAAGACGACACCAGCUACUUUGACACUCGCUCUGAGAGAUACCAUCACCUGGAGACCGAGGAAGAGGAUACGAACGAUGAAGACUUCAACGUGGAGCUGCGGCAGUUCUCCUCUUGUUCUCACAGAUUCUCAAAGGUGUACAGCAGCCUGGAUUUGUCUCGUGGGCACCUGGAGGAGAAAGGAGAGACGGAGGAGAAGAAGAGUGAGAGCCCACUGACUGUGGACUCUCUCAGCUGGACACCAGACUUUGCUGAAAUGCCCUCGUUGUCCCACUCGACAGACACAGACAGUGUGAAUCAGGGCCCCCGGCCCAGCUUGCUACCAAAGUUUGCCAUCUCAGCUGAGAGCGAAGGGGACGAGACCUCGGGCCUCGGUGACCCCAGCAAGGCCUCCUUCUCCAUCGGAGAGCUCCCGCAGGACGAGCCUGAUGCUACGACGCCAGGCAGCACCCACAGCGGAGCCACGCUCUCUGGAAGUUUCUCAGAACAUCUGGAUCAGCUGACACCCAGAGGUGAAGGGGUGGAGAGCCCCGACAGUACCAGCCAUACACCCGCAGACCAGGCGGCUCAGACCGCCUCUCUGCGGCCUGAGAGUGCUGCAGAGAAAACUGGAGCUGUGGCAAAAGUCCCAAAGUCAGUGUCAACUAGUGCCCUUUCCCUUAUGAUCCCUGGUGAUAUCUUCGGGGUGUCCCCGCUGGCCAGCCCCCUGUCUCCUUACUCCCUCUCCUCAGACCCUUCCUCCCGAGACUCCUCUCCAAGCCGAGACUCCUCCCUCUGCGCCUCCAACACGCGGCAGCCCGUCGUCAUCCACAGCUCUGGGAAGAAGUUCGGCUUCACGCUGAGGGCAAUCCGGGUGUAUGCUUGUGACAGUGACAUCUACACUGUCUAUCACAUGGUCUGGAAUGUGGAAGACGGUGGGCCUGCACAUAAAGCAGGACUCAAAGCUGGAGACCUCAUUACUCAUGUCAACGGAGAACCAGUCCACGGCCUUGUCCACACUGAAGUGGUGGAGCUCCUGCUCAAGAGUGGUAGUAAAGUGGCCAUCUCCACAACCCCCUUUGAGAAUACCUCGAUAAAAACCGGUCCGGCCAGGAGGAACAGCUACAGGAGCAAGAUGGUCAGAUGUGCCAAAAAGCCCAAGAAGGAGAAGACACCAGAAAGGCGGCGCUCCCUUUUCAGGCGUUUUGCCAUGCAGCCCUCUCCUCUCCUGCACACAAGCCGCAGCUUCUCCUCCCUCAACCACUCCCUGUCAUCUGGUGAGAGUCUCCCCGGCUCCCCUACCCACAGUCUCUCCCCUCGCUCCCCCACCGCCACCUUCCGCCCCGCACCAGAUUUCACCCAGUCAGGUGGCAACUCCUCCCAGAGCAGCUCUCCCAGCUCCAGCGCUCCAAACUCCCCGGCAGGCUCAGGCCACAUUCGCCCCAGCACCCUCCACGGCCUCGGCUCCAAACUGCCCGGUCAAAGGCUUCGUCAGGGGCGCCGCAAGUCCGCUGGCAGCAUUCCCCUUUCUCCUUUGGCUCGCACACCCUCACCCACCCCCCAGCCAACAUCCCCUCAGCGCUCACCCUCUCCCCUUCUUAGUGGACAUUCUGUUGCCAUUUCCAAGACAACCCAAGCCUUCCCUGCCAAGAUACAUUCCCCACCCACGAUUGUACGCCACAUUGUGCGCCCCAAGAGUGCUGAGCCACCUCGGUCCCCGCUCCUAAAACGAGUCCAGUCCGAGGAGAAGCUGUCCCCCUCAUACACAGGAGAUAAGAAGCACCUGUGUCCCAGAAAACACAGCUUGGAGGUGACCCAAGAAGAGGUGCAGGAUGAGGAGCUGAGGCCCGGGGAGCGGGAUUACACCGUCCUGCAGAGUGUGGAAGAAACAGCCUGCGAGCCGCUGGCAAUCACCCGUGUACGACCCGUUGAGCAGGGCUGCUUAAAGAGGCCUGCCAGUCGCAAGAUGGGUCGGCAGGAGUCUGUUGAGGACCUCGACAAGGAAAAACUCAAGUCCAAGAUGGUUGUGAAGAGGCAGGACUGGUCAGAGAGGAGGGAGUCUCUGCAGAAGCAAGAUGCCCUGCGAGAAUCUGACUCAUCCACCUUGUGUGGUGAUGACAGGGAUGAAAGUUUUCUGGUCCGAGGGCAAAACAAACCCCAGAGCAGCCCAGAGUCUGGGCCUCUGGAGGCCAAAGCUGCCAGCACCACACUUAAAGACGUCCUGUAUAAGAAACUCACGACACGAGUCUCUGAGGGCAUCGGCGAACCACCUGGGGGCAGCAGUGAAAAUGAAGGAGGUCUCCGGACAACUCUCUGCUCCAUUCACCCAGAGUGGCAGCACUCCAGGCAGGGUAAAGACAACAUGAAGCCGGACAGACUGGACUUCAAAGCUCCCAACAUCGAGUUCACCAGGAAGAGGCUGUCAUUCGAAGAACGAGAAGACUGCAUGUGUCGGCUGUCUUCUGGCAUCCAUGAGAACCUCCACUUUGGCUCCACCAGGUCAAAGAGCCUCCAACUGGACACGGCCAUGCCUCAUGACCACAUGAAGGCAGGACUGGGAAGUGUGAUCUCCAGCCCCGAAGGUCUGGCCCCCAAGCUUUUCUCCGGCAGAGGAGAGAGUGCUGUGGAAAAACUGCAGCUCAUCUCCUCGGCAGAGUCUCCCCUUCGAAAGACAUCGUCUGAAUACAAACUUGAAGGACGCCACGUCUCCUCCCUCAAACCUCUGGAGGGCACCCUGGAUAUUGGCCUGCUCUCUGGGCCCAGAGUCUCCAAAACAGAAACUUGUUUAUCCAAGAUGACGGAGACCACGAGCGACUCUGUUUCUGUGAGCCCUCCAAUUUGGCUUCAGAGCCCCACUGAGAGACAGAUAACCAUCCCCCAGAUGAAAACUACAGACAAGCUGAAGAGCCUCCUGACCGGCUGCCCGAGCCCCGAAGCUGUUUCCUCUCUAAAUAGCAUAGUUGUCUCCAAAGAGCAGCCAAAUAACACAGCCACAGAAGUGAAAAUCAGUACAAGUGAUGAGAAAACACAGGAUAGGCAUAGUGAAUCAUUAAAGGCCCCAAACACCAAAGUGGAGGCCUCAACUUUUGCUAUGAAACAAGAGAGCAGACCCGGCAUGAAGGCCACUUCAUCGCUGGCUCACGAACAUAGGGGCCCUCGACACAGCUCUCACUUCUCCUCCUGUGGAAAAACACCCUCCAUACGGGAAGUCAGCAAUGAAGAUCAGGAGGACGAAGUGGAGCAGCAGGAAGUCACAGCACGCACUACAUCACAAAGUGCUGCCAGCCCCAAGACAGCAGCCUCUUUCACUUCACCCAAGCUGGAGGUGGACAUAAAAAGUUCCCCCGCACCUACACAAGCAGAGACUUUGGCUGCGGAUGCCAAUGACGCAUUACCUGUGUCACCGAAGCAGAGUAUAAACUCCGGUCUGGAUAUGGGUCAGUGUCAGAGCUGUGAGAAAAAACCAGCUACUGCACAGACCACAAGCAUGGCCUCUGUUCCUAAGGUGAAUGUACAGAACAGCUCUGCAUCUGCUCACGUUCCAGAGACUGUGCUUUCAAAACAGCAAGUGCGGAACAUCUGCUCUUCAAACACAGAGCCGCAGCUUUCUGUCGCAACAACGGCGUCUGGUUCUGUACAUGACAGUAAAUCCUGCAGUUCAAAAUCAGAAGGCCAGGACAGCCCUGAAAGAUCCGUCAGUGAGGACCGUGUGCCGUCUAACAGGUCGGCCGUGAAAGCGGUCGGGGAUAAAGGAGGCGCAGUUGCAAAAGCGGAGGCAAAACCAAAAGUGGAGCUGAAGAGAGACGUUUCUAGGGUGAACUCGGGCGCCUCAUUACAAAAUGCUGCAGAAGUCACACUGAGCAUAAACAAAAAGGAAAACACUGUGUCUGUUGGUAAAAUAGAGAGCGGUAGCACAUCGGUGCGGAAGAGGGAAGAUCCCAUAUCACCAAAGACGAAGAAUAACGGCAACACGAAAGACUCAGAGCAGCAAUCAAAGAACUAUCCAGCUGAAAAAGCACAACACAAAUCAUCUGAUUCACAAUCCUGCCCCUCUAAAAAAGAAGAAACUGUCGUCGGUGUGAAAGAAAACACUGUGGUCCUUUCAACCAAACAGAAAAGUUUGGCUUCAGCAACAGCGAGCGAAAAUGUUGUGAGUACCAAAAGUAAGUCGAAGCCUGACCCACAACCUGUGCCACACAGCGGCCUGAAGGCAGAGAAGGAGACAGUGAAGUCUCAUAGUGCGGCUCCUCCUGUCUCAGUAGCUAAGGGCAGUCCAACUUCAAAACAGAGCGAUCUGUGUAAAGAAUCAGCGCUCUCGGCUUCAAACGUGCAAACAACCCAUGACGCUAAGCGGAAAGAAGCCUUGUUGCCAUCCGCUGGAGCUGACGUAAAGCGGGAGGAAUCGGUGCAGCGGCCACAUUCUUCCACUCUCGCCGACGUGAAGCAAAGAGAAACCCAGCCCAAAAGCUCUGUAGCAACCACAGCUCAUACAGUAAAAGAAAACGCUGACUCAAAGCCAAAAUCUCUGCCUCCUAAAGCUGCGCCCUCCUCCCCAGCUCUAAAAACUUCUGUAGCUCCAGCUCCAAUUAUUAAACCAAGUCUUGAUGCCAAACACAAAGACCCCUCGCCCAAAAACCAGGCCCCAGUCGUUAAAGACCAUCAUGACUCAAAACCAAAAGACAUUAACUCUUCUCAUACUGCACCUCCGCAUCAGCUGCAGCAGCUCAGGAAGGAGCCUCUGCCACCGUCAAACGUUUCAUCUCAGCCUGAUUCACCACCAGUGCUGCUCAAACCUGCAGCGAAAAAAGAAACGCCUUCGCCGAGCACUGGAGCUGUCUCAGCCAGGGCCUCCGCCUGUGCACCCCACGAGACUGGCGCCAAGAUAUUGAAGGAGGGCCCCAAGGCUGAAACGCUCAAACCGGACAGUCACAAGGGCCCAGAUACCAGAACCACCACCCCUGACAAACAGGUGUCCUCCAGCCGGAAGGAACAGGCUGAGAGGAAGAAAAAAGAAACUGUUCAAGACGUCACGCCGACGCAGAAAAACACAAAAAGAGACGCAUCCAGGGCUGCUCCGUCUACGCAGAAAGACAGUUCGGACAGAGACGGCGGCAGGUGCAAGCAGCAGAAGGAGUCACCACGUAGUAACAAAAAGUAAAGAGGGAGGAGAGAAAAUAUCAGCUGACAUUAUCACGUCUCAUAAUCCAGAUGUAGUAACAUGUUAGAAAUGAUUUGUGCGGCCAUCAUCAUGCCUUCUUUUUUUUUUUUUUUGUUUGAGGACCGGGCAAGCUGUUACAUGCUCAUAGAGAGGUAGGCGUGUGUGUGUGUGUGUGUGUGUGUGUGUGUGUGUGUGUGUGUGUGUGCGUGCGCGUGUUUGUGUGUGUGCGUUUAAUAAGAUGACAUAUGACAACACAAGUUAGCGUUUCUAGGUCUGAAUGUAGGCAAUCACUUGCUGAUGAUUUGUGGUAUUUUCUGAAUUUAGUGAUUUACUUUUAAUUGAAUGUUUGGAAGUUGUGUUUCUGUUCAUCGCAGAAUGCUUUGUGCAAUCAGUAUGUCAGGGGCAAUAGGGAGGAGCCUUACAAAGGUUGUGAUGUACUGGAGAGUCAGUGCCAUAAAUGAUUUUUGAAUUGCACUCUUACUUCCCGAGGCGAAGGACCUGAUGUUGACGUCUUUUAAUGCAGUAGACCACGCGAUUUUGCUGAGCAAUUUAGCAAAUGUAUCACGUGUCUGUUCAGUGUAAUCAGAUUGUCUCUAAGUUGGGUUUUGUGCAGUGGUACACAGAGGAAGUGCACUAUGUCCUGUGCUUUUCACCUAAAACCUAAAAAAAAAAAAAAAAGUAAACAAAAAAAAAACCCCACAGAGAAUCAUCCUACGGUUCUAGAAAUCAUUAAUUAGUGUAGGGGCCUUAGAAUUAUGGGAAAUAAAACUUGCUGUUCUUAGCAAGAUGUGGUGUUUAUUCACAUUCCUCUGACAUCUGUACAUAGAUUUUUGAUUUUUAUGCAAUAUGGUGUAAAUAUGAUAACACUGUAAAACUGGGAUACAUGGGCUUAACAUGAUUGUUGUUUGUAUUAUAUGUAUAGAUUUUGCAGUGUCAUGUUUGUACGCUCAAACAUUAGAGUAUCAUAACUCUGUGGUCUGAAGUAAGCUACCGUGAUGUAUCUCAUCGAAGGCGUCCUCUCCCUUGUGUGACGUCUAACGUGUUUUCACAUGUUCCAAGAUGAACAUGAAGAGAAAGGAAGAGGCAUGAGGGGGUAACUGGGCUAUUUCUCAAAAUGUAGCAUUAUAUAACAAAACUGUGAGGGCUGUCAGGAAUGUCUUUACUGUUGACGGUGUAUUUGCUGGCUGACCGCGGCUUGAAGAAUGACGACUGUGUAAAAUAUGAAAUGUUGUGUUUGAUUCAUGAGAUGAACCAGCAGCAGCAGCUCUGCAUAUGUUUUUUUUUUUUAAGGUUUUUUUAAGGCAUCAUCUCUGGUUAUGUCCACGUCUGUGCAGAGUGAUACAAGAUCAGUCGUGAGUAAGACAAGUACACAGAAGUGCUUCACUGUCAGUGUUUCAGAGAACUUCGAUGUCGGGCUUCGGUCCGUGUUGUUGAAGUUUGUGUGUUAGUGUUUCGGACUCUUCAUCAUGAGCCAGCAGCUUAAAGGUUCACCUGGGUAAAGAUUUUAAAUGAGGAAUCCUGAUUAUUUGCAUAGUUCAUGUCCACAACAUACUUUUGUGUGUGCAAUGUGCAAAUACUUGGUACUACACAUAUAGGCUGUCAUAUAUCAGCAUUCACUUUCUGCAAUUUACACACACAAACACACACACAUACACACACACAUACAUGUGUCUGUACUGUAGAUGCCUUUAAAUUACAAACCCUAAAUGACAACCAGAAAGUAGCCUAGGACACUAAGUAUGUAAUGCAGUAUUUGCUCUGUUGUGCUGGCUAUAUAAGAAUAAUAAUCUUGUCUACCACGUAUACUCUAUGUCGACAAGUCAAACAGAAAAUACUUCAUUCGACACGACAGAAUAUAGUUUAUCUAAAUGGCAAACUAUCUGAGAAUGACACUGAAACACGAGAUGGAUUGCAGAGAUUUUAAUGUUAAAAGAAUCUGAUGUUUACUUGCAUUGGAUAUUGUAAAUGUAUUGCUGAUGUAUUGUGAGAGAAUAAAUGCACCUUAAUGUUUGCCAGUAGUUCAGUUCAGAAGGUGAGCAAAAGAAGAAAAUUAGAACUGAGAACGGUUUAUUAAUUCCCCGCUCGUCCCGAAAUGAAUCACUGAAUUUUUAUUUUAACAAAUAACCGUGUCGUAUUUCCCCCCUCCCACACACACACACACACACACACACAGACGACUGACAUUUAAAUCCUCAAAGCACAUUCAAUGUUUGUUUACGAAGCAUCAUGGAUGUAUAUUUUGUAUAUUGUUGAUUUGCCAAAUCUAUGUUCUGUGUCACAGGUAAUGUUGUUUAUAGUAGUGUGAGACUUUGCUCCCUGGCCACCACGAUGUUUAAUACGAACAUUUGUUUGUGCAGUAAUCAGUGUCUUUUCAUACGUCAGGUUCUUCUUUGUCUGCUUGUCUUUUCAGUUUUCUUUUUUUUCCCUCCUCUGUGCAAAACUAGUAUUAGAUGAACUUGCUUACAAUGGUUUGUCUUUUAGAAUAUGUGCAAUAAAAGUGUUUUGAGUUUUGUAUUUUGCCCAAGGAAAGCUCUAUGGAUGUCAUAGAUGUUGUAUAUUAAAACAGAUAUUUAUACUUCUAAUGUUGCAUAAUACUGAAAAUAAAAUGGAGUUAUAAAUUA